AAUUGUAUUUUUAAUACAGUCAAAGAGAGGUAGUUUAGUGUUAGAUUGACAUGUGGCAAUAAAAUAAAGUUUACUUGACGCUACUUUGUCUAGUUACGAUGUUUAGAAGCAAAAUAAGGAUACACACAUGUCGCAUAAUUUUACUCACAUCAUUAGUGUGGUUAUUAGUUGAUGUUGCCUUGUUAGCACUCUAUUCAGAUUGUUUUGGUGAUGGAUGGGAUUGCAAUAAAAAUAAAAAUCUAAAUAAUGACUACACAAUCAAGACAAAUGAUGAGUACAAAGGAAAGAAAGCAGCCAUAGCAGCAGCUUUACAGAAGGAUGAAGAUUUUGAUGAGACAAAUUUAGAAGAGAAUGAAGUGGAACAUGACAUGGGUGAUGAUGGUUUAAUUUUACCACCCUAUCCAAAAUCACAGCUUAGGAGAUGGGCCCCAGCACCAUUUGUUAAACCCCAGGAAGAGACUCCUGGUGAAAUGGGUAAGGCAGUUAAUAUACCGAUUGAACAAGAAAAAGUGAUGUUGGAAAAGUUCCAAGAGAAUCAGUUCAAUUUACUCGCAAGUGACAUGAUAUCACUGAACAGAUCACUCACUGAUGUUAGAUUCGAAAAAUGUAAAGCCAAACGCUAUCCGACACUUUUGCCGACGACGAGUGUAGUUAUAGUUUUCCAUAAUGAAGCGUGGACUACACUACUUAGGACAAUAUGGAGUACAAUCAAUCGGUCUCCCAGACCGCUGUUGAAGGUCAUUCUCGUCGACGAUGCCAGCGAAAAAGAACAUCUGGGUAAGAAAUUGGAAGAAUAUAUAAAGACCUUGCCAGUUUCUACCCGGUUGUUCCGUACAGAGAGUCGAUCGGGUCUAAUAAGAGCCAGAUUGCUUGGAGCCAAACACGUUAAAGGGGAUGUCAUAACGUUUUUGGACGCUCAUUGUGAAUGUACCGAGGGAUGGUUGGAGCCGUUGUUAUCACGGAUCGUUGAGGACAGGAGUACGGUGGUGUGUCCUAUUAUAGAUGUUAUAUCGGACACAACCUUCGAAUACAUACAGGCGUCUGAUAUGACCUGGGGCGGAUUCAACUGGAAACUGAACUUUAGAUGGUAUCGUGUCCCAGAACGCGAGAUGCAGCGCCGUGGUGGUGACCGCACCGCUCCUCUGCGUACACCCACCAUGGCUGGCGGCUUGUUCGCCAUCGAUCGUGAAUACUUCUACAAGAUAGGAUCCUAUGAUGAGGGCAUGGAUAUAUGGGGUGGGGAGAACUUGGAGAUGAGCUUCAGGGUAUGGCAGUGCGGCGGCGUGCUGGAGAUCGUUCCGUGCUCUCACGUGGGCCACGUGUUCAGGGACAAGUCCCCCUACUCCUUCCCCGGGGGGGUGCAGGCCGUGGUGCUGAAGAACGCGGCCAGGGUCGCAGAAGUUUGGAUGGACGAAUGGGGGGAAUUCUAUUACGCCAUGAACCCAGGCGCUCUCAACGUACCCGUGGGCGACGUGAGCGAGCGGAAGGCGCUCCGUGAGCGUCUCAAGUGUAAAAGCUUCAGGUGGUACCUCGAAAACAUAUAUCCAGAAAGUCAAAUGCCAUUGGAUUAUUACUAUUUGGGAGAGAUACGGAACGCGGAAACAUCGAACUGUUUGGAUACAUUGGGUGGGAAGGCCGGGCAGCCGCUGGGUAUGGGAUACUGUCACGGGAUGGGGGGAAACCAGGUGUUCGCGUAUACUAAACGCAAGCAGAUCAUGUCGGAUGACAAUUGUUUGGACGCAGCUCACCCUCGCGGACCAAUCAAGCUGAUACGAUGUCAUGGGAUGAGGGGAAAUCAAGAGUGGACGUAUGAUACUAAGAGCCGUACAAUAAAGCACACCAACACUGGCAUGUGUCUCGACAAGCCAGAGUCUACAGACGUUUGGAAGCCGGUGUUGAGGUCCUGCGACAGGUCCAGAGGUCAACAGUGGCUGAUGCAGGUCGACUUCAAGUGGCAAGCGAGGCAUUCCAGCUAGUAGAUGGAACAACAACAACAACAGACCAUAACAGUCUUCCCCUGUCGUUAGAUAAAAGAUUUACUUUCAUAUUCCUAUUUCUGAAAUUUUAUAUCUAUAUAGAUGGUAUCGACAUUGUCCUGUGAAUCGUUGACAAUACUUUAAGUAAUUAUAAUGUUGCUCAAAAAGGAUGUGUCUGAUAUGUAUACAUCCAUUUUUUUUUAAUUUAAAAUAUACUUAGACGUAAGCCGUUUGAGUUGGCGGCUCACUAGUACAUGCUAGCCCCGUUUUGACAUAAUGAGAUUACGUUUGACAUUUAAACUGUCAGAAACAAAGAAAAAAUUAUAACUUCAUGAGAUUUCGUUAAAUAGCUCAUUUUAGAGUGAUUUUAAUUAUUCGAUUGUGUAUUUUUUUUAAUACUCUCUUCAGAUAUAAAUUCAUUGUUUUAUUUACGGGUGUAACUGAAUUGACGUUAUUCCGUUUUUUGACUAUUAUUUUUUACGCCUUACAUAUUAUUUUCCGACAAAUUUGAAAGUUCAAUUAAUAAAUGCUCUAAAGAAUUGUACAUACAGCUCGAUCGACAUUUGAGAUUGCCUUAAUUGUAAUUGUUAAUUAAAAAAAGCUAUAAAGGUUAUUUCUAAUGAUGACGGUAGGACGCCGUUUUGUCAAUCUGCCAAUCGACAUAUACUUACGUAGGCCAAUUAUAUAAACAAAAUUUUUAUAUAGAAUAUAAGCUCUGUAAUUUAAUUCCACGACUAAAAUAAUAUUCCUUAUAUUGUAUAUUUUACAUUUUUUUUUUCAUUCGGUUCGAAAUGUCCUUAUAUGAAAUAGAUAGUCGUAAUUUGACAAUAUAGGGUUAAUGUUUACUUAGAACGGAAUCCAAAAGAUCACAUAAAAUGUUGAAAUUAAUGUUAUAUUUGAAUUAUCACGUUUAUACUUAAUGCACAAUUAUCUAUAGAUUUUUUGCUAUAUCAUAGGUUCAGCCUAGUACCGGUGAUUAAUAAUCUGUUGCCUUAACUUUGUCUCAAAUGUAUAAUCUGUAAGAACCAAUUAAAUAUUAUUUUAGUGCAUAUCUUAGUAUAGUGAUGUGAUUUGAACUUUAUUUGGAAGUUUGGAAGUGAUAAAUAUAUAACAACGAAAAUUGCCCAGUGAUUGUAUGUGAAUUAAAAUAUAUUGAUAUUAAAAAUCUCACGUUUCUGAAUACAAAUCUCUGGGCAAUGCUAUCCAUAGACUAUAGAUUUUAGGACUAUUGAUGUAACACUGAGGUUAUGUUUUAUAUUUUCUCUUUACCUUAAAUGUCUAUAAUUAAAAAAAAUCAAUAAUUAUCUUCUAUAAAAUAGAUUAAGAAAUGUAUUUUUACACAUUUAAUAUUUCCUAAGUCAUAAUACCUAACAUUUUCCCGACCUCAGUGUAGCAAUGAUGUUCGUUUUAACUUUAUCCCUCAACAGAUAAAAUAAAAAUAUUAUCUGUAUUAACGAAUUUAAUGGAGAUUUAUUUUAUUUUUUUUCAAUAGAGUGAUUUAUGUUUAAUUAAAUUUUUGGCAUAACUUUAUUUAUUAUUAGAUUUUAUUAUCAUAUCAAUACACAUAUAGAUUGUAGACGUAUUUUUUAAUGCAAAACAUUGGCUCAGAUGUCUCUUUCACAAAUGUACAUAAUGUUAUUAUUCUGAUAAAUAGAAAUAUAUACAUAUAUAUAUACACAGCUGUUAUUGUGUGACAUUUAUGUUAAUUAAAAUUUCCUGUUGUAAUUUACAGCCUCUAUAUAAAUAUUUAUAUAUAACAUGUUAAAAUAAAUAAUUUCAAUAUUUACAUAUUAAAUGCAUUUAUCUGUUAAGAAACGAAUCUCGGAAUUUUUUUGAUCAAUUUUUUUAAGGUGCCAAAUAGAUUUUUUUUUUUAUGAAACAUUCAUUCACCAUUCCAAUAGACAGAGAUUUCUUAAUAAUUGAUAUUAAAUAUUAUGACUGAU